AUGGAAGUUGACACUGUUGAACCUCAUGAACCAGCGAUAAUAAACGACUCAGAAAUGGUUUUCGUUAAUGAUCAUGCCGAGGUAUACACUUUACCAUUACCAUCAAAUUCUACUCGCCAGAUGCGAAAACGUCAAAGAGGCCAAAUCGAGAUGUUGCUACCGUUCAUUUUGACGCCACAAAAGUGCAAUACUGUUUUAACAUCAUAA